AUGAAGCAGUCAAAAUUUAAAGAUCUACUGACAUUAGCUGCCAAAGAAUGUCUAUUCAGUUUUGAGGGAAAAGUGUAUAGACAAAUAGAUGGCGUUGCAAUGGGCUCUCCUUUAGGACCAGUUUUCGCGAAUUCUUUUCUAUGUCACCAUGAGAAAACAUGGUUAGCUGACUGUCCAACUGAUUUUAAGCCACUUCUUUAUAGACGAUACGUGGAUGAUAUUUUUCUCAUCUUCAAACAUACCGAUCACAUUCAACAUUUUUUAGAUUAUCUCAACCAGAAACACUACAAUAUGAAAUUUACUAGUGAAAUUGAAGUCAAUGAAAAUCUGCCCUUCUUAGGAAUUACCAUCUUCAGAUCACCUUCAGGUUUUUCCACUUCAAUAUAUAGAAAACCAACCUUCAUUGGCCUGUAUAUAAACGCAGAUAGCUUCAUUCCCAGCAAAUACAAAACAAGUUUAAUCAAUAUACUUGUUCAACGCGCUUUCGCUAUCUGUUCAAUCUGGCAAUUCCUACAUGAAGAGUUUCAAUAA